AUGUCUAUUGAUGUACAUAUACGUACAGAAGUUGGAUUGCCAAGUUGCUUAGUAAUCUCUUUCGGAGUCAUGCUGCAUGUAAAAACUAACUGCGGAUGCUACGCUCUUUUUGAUUGCCCAAUGGACUUGAUUUAUGCAAUUUGUUUAGAACCCGUGAAGAACACAUCAAGUUUGUUGUUUCCCUAUGGGAUUUUUAUGUCUCAAAUUAUUCGGGAUGAUUGGCGAAUAUUAAUUGACAGCACCAAAUGUACAAUCUGCAGUAAAGUACAUGAACAAACUGCUUUUGGACAUUUCCCUUUUACAUCUUAA